UUGCUCUGUCACUUAUCCGCGUGCUCUCCAAACUGGUACAAAGCUUUGUUGCGGUGUGGUAUUCCGUUCUGCCAAUUCUAGGACUUCUGGUACAAAGCUCAUUCUACACCAAACCACAUUGUCUCCCUCACCUCUAUAAGCUCCUUCUACACCUAACAUCACAAGUUCUCCUUCUCCCAUCAGCUCUGGGAUUCUAGGACUUCGAAUCCCACCGCAAGAUCCUCGCCGUCAUCGGCAUUUGCCCUUCCUCCCUAGAUCUCAGCCCCCUCGCCCUUCAUCUCCUCAUACUCUCUUCGUUCUCUCUUCCUCUGCCACUAUAUCGUCUCCCUGUCCUCUAUCAACUCGUCCUACACCCACCAUCACAAGUUUCCCUUCUCCCACCAGCCCUGAGAUUCCUCCUCCGCCUCUCUCAAUUUCAGGAUUAACAAAGAUAUGACCCACGAAACCUGAAGCCCUCAGAAGUCAUUUAAUUGAGUUUGUCAAGCAUAGAGUCUAUGUGCGAUGUUCUGGAUCUCUUAGCUGACAUGCUUCAAGUUGUCAAUCCAAGUGAUUGCUCGGUAGAAACUCUUGAUUCUGUUCAUGGUUCCAAAAUUUUCUAAAAAUUUCCUCACAUUUACUUCUCUGUAGCCUGUAAAAGAUGAAGUUAUAGUUAUCUUGUUGAGCAAUGUCAUUCCAACUAGAAGAAAUUGAUGCAGAUGUUGACUAUUACAGGGUUAGAUCGUGUCGUACUGAAAAUAUAGGAGAAAUAUUUGCCUUGAAGAAAUUAAGGAAGUCAGAUAUGCUCAGGCAGGGACAGGUUGAGCAUGUUCGCUUUGAGAGGAAUUUGCUUGUAGAGGUUGACAGUCAGUGUAUAGUGAAACUUUUUUAUUCUUUCCAAGAUUCAAAUUUUUUGUACCUUAUCAUGGAAUAUUUAGCUGGUGUGGACAUCAUGACCUUGCUGAUGAGAGAGGAUAUUCUUUCUGAAGAUGUUGCCAGAUUCUACAUUGCUGAAAGUAUUCUUGUUAUACAUUCGAUUCAUUAACAUAAUUAUGUACAUAGGUACCAAUACAUGUGAUUGCAGUGAACUACCUUGUGUAUUGGAGAGUAUUCCUUCUCUCCAAUUUCAUACUACCUUGUGU